AUGCCCAGUCUGCAGAUACUUGUCUUCCACCUCUUCUACCUGUACGUGGCGUUCCACUACCGCGCCUUGAAUUCCUCCCCAUCGAACGCUAGCGUCUGUCCUCCCUUCUGUCCUUAUCAGGACACCGCUUUUGGAUCUCCCCCAACGACGUCGGAUCCCCUCGCGGCCAGUGACCCUAUUGUGCCCCUCUGCGGCCGUUGCAACUACGAGACCUGGGCUCCAGACUUCGAGGUCGCCGCCCAACGUCGAGGCUUCCGGAACCUUUACACAGGCGAAGAACAGAUCAAGGAGGCACCUAACCCACCGCAACACGAGUCCGAGGUAGAAAGGGCAAAGUCCGCAUUUCAUGGCAUCAUACUGGCACUACCGAUACGAGUUCGACGUCUGGGAGUAGGAAUGGGAGGAACGACGCCGCCGCAUUGA